GUUCACUGGAUGCCAUCCGCCCAAACAUGUAAAAAGAAGAAGAAGAAGAAGAGACCCGCGAAGAAGAGCGUUUGGCGGCAGUUGGCUCGCGCUCGUCUCCCGGUACUCAUGGAGUUCACGGAGAGCAGGUUCCCUCACCUGCUGCAGCCAAUCAGAGAGCUCACGAAGAACUGGGACAUCGACGUGGCCUCGGAGCUCAACGACUACCUGGAAGAGCUGGACACCAUGUGCAUCACCUUCGACGGAGGGAAGACCCGGCUGAACUUUGCAGAAGCGGCGCUGCUGAUCCAGGGCUCGGCCUGCAUCUACAGCAAGAAGGUGGAGCUGCUGCACAGCCUGGUUUACCAAACCCUGGAGUACAUCAACGACCGCAACAAGAAGCGCACCAAGCAGUCGGCCGAGUCCCAGGAGGACGAAGAGGCGGCCGGCGAACACGAUGCUGACUGUGUGUUCACGGCGCUCGACAUCGACGUGUCCGGGAACGCCAUGAAGGCCGACUCCACCGCGACGGUGAGCGUUGCUCCUCUUCCUCCCGAGUCUCUGAUUCCUCUUCAGACGACAGAGAAGCAGAAGCUCCCGCUCCUCAGUGUCUCCGGGGACCUGCUGUGCAGCCAGAAGGACUUCAGGAUCAACCUCUUCGUCCCGGGAGCCCAGGAUGUGAUCCUACUCACUCUGGGCUCCGCCCCCUCCAGGCUUGUUGUGGACCCUGCAGAGCCGAGAGGUGAGGACGCUCCUGCUGAGGUGGAAGACAACGGAGGAGACGCCGUGGAGAACUUCCUUCCUUUAGAGGACCACAACAUGGAGCAGGACCAGGGCCCGGACCAGGGCCCGGACCAGGGCCCGGACCAGGGCCCGGAGGAGCACGUGGACCGGCACCAGGCUCCUCCUGCAGGGCGGCCGACCCGAGGGCCGCGCCCCGCCAGAGACGCGCCUGUGAGCGUGUGGGUGCUGUGUGACCCGUACGCCGUCCUGCAGGAGGACAGGCCCCCCAGGCCCGGCCGGUGCCACGCGGCGCCUGAAGGUCUGGAGGACGGAGGGAAGAGGAAGAGGAGACGAGGGGCGCCGCCGGACUUCAGGACCUGGUUCACGAGGACCUUCGACCCUCCGGAGCCGAAGCUGAGGAACGGACCAGCGUCCCCAGACCUGAACUACAUCUACCUGAGCACCAUGAGGACCCGGCUCAGGGCCCAGAGGACGCUCCGUAGGAGAGAGGGGGUGGUGGUCUCUGAUGAAGAACUGAGGAGGACCUUCCUGCAGCUGGAGGAGGGGCCUAAUCAGCAGGGGGAGGAGCCUGUGGACCUGCUGGGUGGAGACGGAGACUCAGACAAUGAACAGGACGACCUCCAGGCUCCAGACUUCAUAUCAGCAGAGGCUCAGAGUGACGAACUGAGUUAUGAAGAUCUAGUGAAGCUGCGUGUGGAGCAGCUGGUGGUCACCUGUCUCUCUGUGGUGCGUUCAGGAGCAGCUGGUGGUCACCUGUCUCUCUCUGUGGUGCGUUCAGGAGCAGCUGGUGGUCACCUGUCUCUCUGUGGUCUGGUAAACAACAACAUGUUUACUGUCACCUGUAAAUACCUGCUGGCCUCCCUACAGCUGGUAAACAACAACAUGUUUACUGUCACCUGUAAAUACCUGCUGGCCUCCCUACAGCUGGUAAACAACAACAUGUUUACUGUCACCUGUAAAUACCUGCUGGCCUCCCUACAGCUGGUAAACAACAACAUGUUUACUGUCACCUGUAAAUACCUGCUGGCCUCCCUACAGCUGGUAAACAACAACAUGUUUACUGUCACCUGUAAAUACCUGCUGGCCUCCCUACAGCUGGUAAACAACAACAUGUUUACUGUCACCUGUAAAUACCUGCUGGCCUCCCUACAGCUGGUAAACAACAACAUGUUUACUGUCACCUGUAAAUACCUGCUGGCCUCCCUACAGCUGGUAAACAACAACAUGUUUACUGUCACCUGUAAAUACCUGCUGGCCUCCCUACAGCUGGUAAACAACAACAUGUUUACUGUCACCUGUAAAUACCUGCUGGCCUCCCUACAGCUGGUAAACAACAACAUGUUUACUGUCACCUGUAAAUACCUGCUGGCCUCCCUACAGCUGCUGGUAAACAACAACAACAACAUGCUUACUGUCACCUGUAAAUACCUGCUGGCCUCCCUACAGCUGGUAAACAACAACAACAUGUUUACUGUCACCUGUAAAUAUCUGCUGGCCUCCCUACAGCUGGUAAACAACAACAACAUGCUUACUGUCACCUGUACAUACCUGCUGGCCUCCCUACAGCUGAUAAACAACAACAACAUGUUUACUGUCACCUGUACAUACCUGCUGGCCUCCCUACAGCUGGUAAACAACAACAACAUGCUUACUGUCACCUGUACAUACCUGCUGGCCUCCCUACAGCUGGUAAACAACAACAACAUGCUUACUGUCACCUGUACAUACCUGCUGGCCUCCCUACAGCUGGCCAACGACCUGACGGUGGGCGUGUCCAGCGCCGGGCCUCUGGAGGUCGGGGUGGACACGAUGAGCCUGGAGCUGCUGAGCACCGAGAGGGCCACCGAUAGGUUCAAGAGCCUGGGGGCGGGGCCAUAGUGUGUGUGUGUGUGUAAUAAAUAAAUAUUGGCCUCAA